AUGGCAGCAGGUUUUUACUUGGUGUGCUUCCUCUCUGUGGCUGGCGGACUGUUGAUUGCAGGAACUAUGUCUGCCCCUCUUAAAAUUGCUUGCUGUCCUGCCGGUUGGACUCCAUUUGGACAUCGCUGUUUCAUUUUCUUCCACGAGGCAAGGGAAUGGAUAUUUGGAGAGCAUGUAUGCCGUUCACUCGGUGGGAAUCUGGCCUCAAUCCACACUCCUGAGGAAAAUGCCUUCCUCGGUGAUUAUAUUGAAAAAGUGGCUGGCUCCCGUGUACAUACUUGGAUCGGGGGCACUGAUGAGGCACAAGAGGGAACGUGGCUGUGGACUGAUGGCUCACCAUUUAACUACCAAUCCUGGAGUCCUGGGGAGCCUAAUAACCUUGGACAAGAGCACUGCAUUGAAAUGAACUGGAGAGAGUACUUCUGGAACGACAACCAGUGUUACCAUGAAAGAGCUUAUCUUUGUGCCAAAGACCAGAUCUAA